GGCAGAAGAGGGGUUGUGGUUUGGACAAUCGUGUGGAAAAACCGGUUGGGUUUUUGAAGUGAAAUUUUGCAGGAACCCUGGUUGGAUGUGCAAACUAUUGUGGUUUUGCAUAUUGUUCUCGCCUCGUCGCAGCAGAGUAUGGUGCAUCACUCAGUGAAAGUGGAUUAAACUGGUCAGGAUGUACAAGUAGUAGAAGCAGCAGUUGUAGUGGGUGGAGCUAAUUCAGUUAGAAUGUUCCGACUAAUUAAUAAAAAAAAACCCAUCAAAUUCCAUUAGUGUUGAGCUCUGGUGUGCGACCUCGUCAACGACAUUUGGUUAAGUAAAUUAUUAACAACCCCCUUUUUUCUCUAGUGAGAUACAGAAAUAUUAUAGUGUGUUGGUUGGUUUUGUCCUGACCCUUUUUCGUUUCUAUCGUCAUACAAAAAUCGAUGGAGCGUCGUCCCACUGGAGGGAAAUAGAAGAACCCACUUUGCGUUCGAAAUCCAUAACUCGUUGAUAGUCUCGAAGAGAGGUCCCAGUGGAACAUUCCAUCAAAAGAAGUGGAGUUAAGUGCCCCCCCUAAGAAGUCAGAAGUCAAAAACGGAAAUCGAGAACCAGCUUAGCGUGGCAAAACAAACGCGCAGCUUUUAAGCUCUCAGUGCAGUGCUGUUCUUCCGGGAAAUGUAAAAAUGGCAACGCAAUCAUCAAACGGAAGUACCAUUCCGAGCAGUUCCGGCAGCAAUUCAUCUUUCACCAACAUCCACACCGACGAGCGCCUCGUGGUCGCCGUCCGGAUUCGACCGCUGGGCGAUGCCGCCGAAUCAAACUGCAUCCAGGUGCUGUCCCGGGGCACACUCAGCUUCGACGAGGGAACCCGGAACAAGCCGAAAAAGUACAACUACGACCACGUCUUUGGCGAAAGCUCCACCCAGGAGGAGGUGUACCAAACGACGACCGCCCCCCUCGUCCAGGACGUGCUCAACGGGUACAAUGCGGCCGUGUUUGCCUACGGCGCGACCGGUUCCGGCAAGACGCACACAAUGCUCGGACCGAACCCCCGCAAGGCGGCCACUUCCGGCGGUGGCUCCUCGGGGGAUCAGCAAGAUAGCACCGCGGAGGCCACUUCCGGCGGGGGGAAAUCAGCGUCCCAGGGCAACGAGGGACUCAUGAUCAAAGCCGUGGCCGACAUCUUCAAGUUUAUCGAGGAGUCGGAAAAUCCGGACAAUUUCAAGAUUUCCCUCUCCUACUUGGAAAUCUACAACGAACUGAUUCGCGACCUGCUCAACCCGGGCCCUAAUCCGCUGGAGCUGCGGGAGGACAACAAGGGCAACCAGUCGGUGGCGGGCCUGUCGGAAAUCUCCACCACAUCCCGCCAGGAGGUCAUCCAGCUGCUGAUGAAGGGCAACAAGGCGCGGACGGUCGAACCAACCGCCGCAAAUCAGACUUCCUCGCGGAGUCACGCCCUGCUGAGUAUCACGGUGCUGAACCGGACUCCCCUGGGAACGAAGCAAGGGCGGUUGUUCCUGACGGAUUUGGCCGGAUCGGAGCGCGCCCGGAAGACCAAGAACCGGGGCAAGAGGCUGCAGGAGGGAGCUCACAUCAACCGCAGUCUGCUGGCCCUCGGAAAUUGCAUCAACGCGUUGGCCGGCGGAGCGAGGUACGUCAACUACCGCGACUCCAAGCUGACCCGACUGCUGAAGGAAGCCCUGAGUGGGCGCUGCAAGACGGUCAUGAUUGCGCACGUGGCCCCUGAAGUGAAGCACCGGGACGAGUCCAAAAACACGCUGGUCUACGCCGAUCGAGCGAAUCACAUCACGACGAGGCUGCAGAAUCCGACCAUUUUGGAGGAGAACCGCGAGCUGCCCAUUCCGCACUACCAGAAUCUGGUGUCGGAGCUGCGUGAGGAGGUCGGACGACUCAAGGCGAAAAUGCUUGCCGAUCGGCCGCGGAGUGGGGCGGCGCUGCAGAGGCAGCAACAGCAGCGGGAUCAGGAACAGCAGAAUCCGACGGAUGAGCAGCUGAAGAAGGCAGAGUUGAAGUACCUGCGGGAGCAGAUUGUGCAGACGUUCAAGCAGCAGAUGCGGCUGAGGAGGAGACUGCUCGAGGCGGAUAGCCAUCUGCUGGGGUUGGAGUUGGACGCGGAACGGCAGCACAUGGUGAUUUCCCACUGGCAGAGUCGGCAGGGGAAGCUGUACGAGAGGAUGGAGGACGAUGAGGAUUCCGACUCGGAGGGCAAUUCCGCGCUGCGCUCCGCCUGGAACGAGCUGUCCGCCAUCGAGAAGGAAGUCAAACGGUACCGCGAGAUCCGAAUCAACACCGAAAACGACCUGGAAGAUUGCCGCAAAAAGGGUGUCACGCUGGAGGAUCAACUUCCGGAGCGCAUCAGCAGCGACGAGGAGCGGGAACUUUUGUCGCUGCUUUGUCGCGUUCACGAGCUGGAGGCCGAUAAGGUAUCACUGCAGGCGGAGCGUCUGGCACGGCAAGCGGAGCUCAGACGGCGUGAUUUGCAGCUGUUACGCGCUGAACGGCAGAGGAGACUGUGCGAGGACAUUAUCAGCACUCAGCGGAGAAUAAUUGAAGAAGGCAAAGUCGAACUUCCGGAGGACCUCCGCGAGCUGUACGCGCUGUACCAGCAGGAAAUUCACGCCAGCACCUACACCAGCGGCCUGCAGACGGCCAUCUCCGGUGGCACUCCGUACUCUUCCGGGCGCGACUUUUACGACAACAAAUUGCCGCCCAUUUAUCAGCGGAGCAGUGGCGGCGUAAAUUCACCGGGCAGCUCCAGUUCGGGGUCGGAGUGGUCACCGUCGCCGCUGCCCCCGAUCGAUUCCGAGGGGAACCUCGUCAAUCCGGACCGGCUGAUGGGGGCGCCGGUGGGGCCGAAACUUCCCUCGAUUAACCGGCUGCGGAGCAGCUACGGCAGCACCCAGAGCACCUCCAGCGAUGAUUAGAGUUAGGGGGGGAAGGUUUCUGGAGAAUUAAAAUGUUUCAUUCCUUAUUACAAUGUUA